GGUGGUGAUAAUGGAGGAAAAAAUGAAUCAAAAAAAGGAGAGGACGAUCAGAGGGUGCCUUUCUACAAACUCUUCUCUUUUGCCGAUGGAAUCGACAUCUUGCUGAUGAUCGUCGGCACGAUUUGCGCCAUCGGAAGCGGAUUAGCAAUGCCAUUCAUGACUCUCAUUUUUGGUCAGCUCAUCAAUUCCUUUGCUUCCACCACCGACAAUUCUCAGGUUGUUCAAACUGUGUCCAAGGUGGCUCUGAAUUUUGUGUACUUGGCUGUUGGUACAGGUGUUGCAGCGUUUUUCCAGGUGUCCUGUUGGAUGGUUACUGGCGAGAGACAAGCUGCCCGAAUUCGAGCUCUAUACCUGAAAACCAUUCUAAGACAAGAUAUUUCAUUCUUCGACACAGAAACAACAACUGGAGAAGUCAUUGGAAGAAUGUCUGGAGAUACCAUUCUAAUCCAAGAUGCCAUGGGGGAAAAGGUGGGGAAGUUCAUACAACUCAUGUCCACUUUUAUUGGUGGAUUUGCAAUGGCUUUUGCAAGAGGGUGGCGUCUUGCUUUGGUAAUGCUCUCAUGCAUUCCUCCACUGGUGAUUUCUGGUAGUGUCAUGGCAAUAUUCAUAUCAAAAAUGGCAAGCCGUGGACAAAUUGCAUAUGUUGAAGCAGGAAAUACUGUAGAGCAAACAGUUGGAGCUAUUAGAACAGUUGCAUCGUUCACUGGGGAGAAGCAAGCCGUAAACAAAUAUAAUGUAGCAAUACAACGUGCAUACGCCUCUGUAGUUCAGCAGGGUCUUAUCUCUGGCCUAGGAAUUGGUACUGUUCUAGUUAUCAUAUUCAGCAGCUAUGGUUUAGCCAUAUACUAUGGCGCGACAUUAAUCAUAAAUGAUGGCUACAAUGGUGGACAAAUCAUCAAUGUCAUAAUGGCAAUCAUGACUGGAGGAAUGUCUUUGGGACAGGCAUCUCCAAGCUUGGAUGCCUUUGCAGCAGGGGGAGCUGCAGCAUAUAAGAUGUUUGAGACCAUUAAACGGAAGCCACUGAUUGACAUCGAUGACCCAAGUGGGCUAAUACUAGAAGACAUGAAGGGGGAUGUGGAACUAAAAAAUGUGUACUUCAGAUACCCAUCAAGGCCUGAGGUGCAAAUAUUCUCUGAUUUCUCACUGCGUGUCACAAGUGGAUCUACUGCAGCUCUAGUUGGGCAAAGUGGAAGUGGGAAGUCGACAGUGAUCAGCUUGGUGGAGAGAUUCUAUGAUCCAGAAGCUGGUGAAGUUCUUAUAGAUGAUGUCAACCUGAAGAAAUUGCAGCUCAAAUGGAUAAGGGAGAAGAUUGGACUUGUUGGCCAGGAACCCGUCUUGUUUACAACAACUAUAAAAGGGAACAUAGCUUAUGGGAAGGAAAAUGCAACAGACGAUGAAAUCAGGACAGCAAUUGAGCUUGCUAAUGCUGCUAAGUUCAUUGACAAGCUGCCCAUGGGGGUUGACACCAUGGUGGGUGAGCACGGAACACAACUCUCUGGUGGACAGAAACAGAGGAUUGCAAUUGCAAGGGCCAUCUUGAAGAACCCUAAGAUCCUACUUCUCGAUGAAGCAACAAGUGCAUUGGAUGCUGAAUCAGAACGAAUAGUUCAGGAAGCAUUAGUAAGAAUCAUGAAAAAUCGAACAACCAUAGUUGUUGCUCAUCGUCUAACAACUAUAAGGAAUGCAGAUGUCAUAGCAGUUGUUCACCAGGGAAAAAUUGUUGAGCAAGGCACACAUGCUGAGUUGACUGUAGAUCCUGAAGGAGCCUAUUCUCAGCUCAUUCGUUUGCAAGAAGGGGCCCAUCAAGCUGAAGUACCUACUGGAGACCCAGAUACGGUAGAGAUCGUUGAUGAUGAUUGGACAAUGAACAAAUCCAGUAGCCAGAGAUUGUCUGGAAAUAAGAGAUCCUUCAGCAGAGGUUCUUCAAGCGGCAGACGCUUCUCACAUACAUUUGGUAUCUCUGGUGGUGCCGUAGGCCCUUAUGAAACUGAAGUAGAUGUGGAGAAUAAUAAGAAGACAGAUGAGGGAGAAAUGAAACAUCGAAAUGUCUCAAUCAAACGGCUAGCUUACCUUAACAAGCCAGAGGCUCCAGUCAUGCUUCUGGGGGCUAUUGCUGCAGCUAUACAUGGUGUGAUCUUCCCCAUCUUUGGGCUGUUGCUAUCAAGUGCCAUCAAAAGUCUCUAUGAGCCCACAAAUCUACUCCGAAAAGAUACCAGUUUUUGGGCCCUCAUGUUUGUGGUGCUGGGUUGCAUUGCCUUCUUUGCUGUACCUGUGCAACAAUACUUAUUUGGAGUUGCUGGUGGCAAACUAAUACUACGAAUUCGAUCCAUGUCAUUUGAAAAAGUGGUGCACCAAGAAAUUAGUUGGUUUGAUGAACCUUCAAAUUCAAGUGGUGCUGUUGGGGCAAGACUAUCUGCAGAUGCUGCAAACGUGCGUGGUCUUGUGGGUGAUAGCUUGGCAUUACUGGCUCAGAACAUUGCAGCUGUAAUAGCAGGGUUCACAAUAGCAUUCACAGCUAAUUGGAUAUUAUCACUCGUUAUUCUAGUUUUGUUACCUUUGGUAGGACUGCAAGGGUAUGUUCAGAUGAAGUUUCUGCAGGGGUUCAGCGCAGAUGCCAAGGUCAUGUAUGAGGAAGCAAGCCAAGUUGCAAAUGAUGCCGUGGGUGGCAUCCGAACUGUUGCAUCCUUUUGUGCAGAAGAAAAGGUAAUGGACCUCUACAAGCAGAAAUGUGAUGCCCCAAUGAAGCAAGGAGUCCGGCUAGGGGUUGUAAGUGGUACAGGCUUUGGUUUCUCCUUCUUUGCACUCUACUGCACCAAUGCACUCUGUUUCUAUGUCGGAGCUAUUCUAGUGCAAAAUGGAAAAGCAACAUUUGCAGAAGUUUUCAGGGUUUUCUUUGCUUUGACAAUUACGGCAAUGGGAAUUUCACAAAGCAGUGCAAUGGGUCCAGAUACCACCAAAGCUAAGGAUUCUGCUGCUUCAAUUUUUGACAUACUUGACAGCAAACCCAAGAUUGAUUCAAGUAGUGAUGAAGGUACUACCUUACCUAAUGUCAGGGGAGACAUCGAGUUGAAACAUGUUAGCUUCAAAUACUCCACACGCCCCGACGUGCAGAUCUUCAGGGACUUGUGUUUGAGCAUCCCCUCUGGAAUGACUGUUGCUCUAGUUGGAGAAAGUGGUAGCGGAAAAUCGACUGUAAUAAGCCUACUAGAAAGGUUUUAUGAUCCAGACUCUGGCCAUAUAACGCUGGAUGGGGUGGAAAUUUACAAGUUUAAGCUAAGUUGGCUAAGACAACAGAUGGGUUUGGUAAGCCAAGAGCCCAUAUUAUUCAAUGAAACAAUCCGUAAUAACAUUGCUUAUGGAAAACAAGGAGGUGCAUCUGAAGAUGAGAUCAUUGAAGCAGCAAAAGCAGCCAAUGCACACAACUUUAUAUCAGGCCUGCCACAGGGCUAUGACACACAUGUGGGAGAAAGGGGAGUGCAAAUGUCAGGUGGGCAGAAGCAAAGGAUAGCCAUUGCAAGAGCAAUGCUGAAGGACCCAAAAAUUCUUCUACUUGACGAGGCAACAAGUGCACUAGAUGCAGAAUCAGAGCGUAUAGUUCAAGAUGCAUUGGACAAGGUUAUGGUGAACAGGACAACUGUGGUAGUUGCUCAUCGCCUCUCUACAAUCAAAGGGGCUGAUAUCAUCUCUGUGGUAAAGAAUGGUGUCAUUGCUGAGAAGGGACGCCAUGAGGUGCUAAUGAAGAUACAGGAUGGAGCCUAUGCUUCUCUCGUAGCACUGCACAUGAGUGCUACGUAAGAAAACCAUAUAUAGAGAAAAAAACAAAAAAAAGUCCAGCAU